AUGGAGGAAUUAUCUCAGAGUUGGAUGAAACUAUCAUUAUCGGAGAGAGAAGGUCCGGGAUGUCAAUUAGAAGAAGAAUUCAUCUCGAACGAACAUGUCAUUGCAGCAAAGUUUCUCACAAAAAGGGCUCUUAACACUGAGGCCAUUGCAAAAACGUUCACUCCACUGUGGCGUUCAAGAAAUGGUUUCAAGAUUAAAAAUUUGGGAGACCAUGUGGUAUUGUUCAUUUUUGAAAGCGAAAUUGAAGUAGAGAAAGUCCUCAAUGCCGAACCAUGGUGUUUUGAUAAGCACUUGGUAAUAAUGCAAAAAUACGAUAAGAGCACGGCCUUGGAAGAAUUGAAAUUUGAGAAGACUCGCUUUUGGGUACAAGUCCAUGGACUUCCCUAUAAGUUUAUAAAUACUAAGGCGGCGGAGAAAAUCUGUGAAGUUGUUGGACAAGUGAUUCAUUCUAAUGAUCCAACUGAAACGGAGGGAAGUAAUUUCAUGAGGAUCCGUGUGGAGUUGGACAUCUCACUACCUCUUUGUCGGGGUAGAGUGGUGUCUAUGGAGAAUGGUAAGAAAUCCUGGGUAACUUUUAAGUACGAGCGCCUUCCCAACAUUUGCUAUUGGUGUGGUAGAAUGAAUCACACAGACCGCGAUUGUGGAAUUUGGCUGGAUAGUGAAGGUAGCUUAGAAGAAACACAAAAGCAAUUCGGGCCAUCACUACAUGCUCCACCCUUUUUCCCGUCCAAACGGAAUGUGGUGGCUGUCCCCGGAUUUUUCAGUCAAAAACGAGCAGCCCAAAACGUGCAGCCAACAGAAGCCAGGCCAAAGGAAGGGGGCGAACCAAAUGCUACUCCACGAGUCAGGGAGGAGCCCACGGUGGUGCAAAUUCCGGAUCCUACGGAUAAGAAAUUGAAUGCUCAAUUAAAGGAAAAAACCGAGAACAUUAAUGUCCCUCAAUUUUCAGAAAACGAUGAAAGGGAUAUUAACUCUCCAGCCCCCAUUAAUUUCCCACAAUUCUCAGUCCAAUUGAAUUCAGAAAUAAUAGGGAUUAAUGAUUCCGAAAUAUCUGGUGCCAUAAAGUCAGUAACCCCAACAACAACAUCUGGAGUAAAUACAAUUUAUGGUCCGAGAAAGUCCACCAAUAGCAUUCAAGGAGGAGAGGCGGCCCAUGCUAAACCUAAUGCUAACAAUUCUAUCUCAAACCCUAUGUCACGUGAGGAGUUUGAAGUGGCUAGGGUAACCAAAAAAACAGGCACGUGGACACGGCUAGGCAGGGGGCAGAUCACGCAGCAACCAAGUCAGGAUGUUUUCUCAAGUCUAGGCAAACGAACUUUCUCAGCUACUGAUAAUCAUUCCGAUUUACCUUGUAGUAAAAAACAGGUUUUGAAGAAUGAUGAAGAAAUCUCUAUUCAAAUGGUGGAGGCUGGUGCUCAGCCCCGCCAGGAACAAUGA